UUUGGUGCAAAUCUGAUUCCAUCGUUGUUGCAGGUAAUAAGAGUAAGUAGUGGCACUUGUGGCGGUGUGACGCUCUGGAAGUGGGGAGAGUUGUGCAGGGGGAGUCACUCUCCAGUUGGGAGGUGUUUGUGAUGAAGAUAGGCAAGUGGGAAGAGCGUGUUCCAGCUCAUGUCAGGGACACAUGCACCCGCUCCCCAGCCGUGCGUGAGAAGCUCUCAUUCUGUCCUCGACAGGCCUUCAGCACUUUAGUUUUUGUCAUUAACAAAGGCUAUUAUAUACUCCACUCUAUUCUUGGUCAGGACAUGAAUCACCCGCUCUGCUGCUGUGACCACCUUCACUGUGCCAUCUGAUGGAACCGUCAGCCCAGCAUUGUUUUCAACGCAAGAAGGUGGUAACUCUCAUUAGAUGAUGGCUUCAGUGACCAGGCUGGUACGGCAGAUGUCAAUGGAGAACCUUCUCAGUCCCUGACCGACAAAUCAUUCUCCACAAGACAACUGUCUGAUGACAUUAUGAAUGAACAUAAUUAUGAACUUCACUGUCUUAAGAAUCAGAAUCAGAAUAAGCUUUAUCGCCAACCUCAGUGAGGUUCCCAUCCACUGGGAAAGUGCUUUGGUACAUCGUGCAAUAAUGAACAAAACAAAAUAUGAACGGUUCAACCGAGGAUAUCCCUACAGCACAUUGAAGCACUGUGCCAUCCUGACUUGACCAUUAGAUGCUGGAAGAUAUGCUGGUACUGGCCCGCAGAUGGGCUUUUGUUCCAACCCCUUUCAGUGGAAAAACACUUAAGAGCAGGGAAAGGCCAGUUUGUGGAUGAGUAAUUGACAUUUACUUUGCAUUUCAACCAAAAUUGUGCAACAUGGAUAAAAUCCAGAAGCGCAGCAGAAGGACAGGUUCUAUCAGACCUGUCAGGAUUAUUUCACCAGUUGACAGUUUAUUCUAAUUUUACUGUGCUUGUGAAAAGAGUUUCCAAAGAAUCCAUUUCUAAGGUUUAUUAUAGCAUUUGUAAGCAUGGAUCUCCAUCAUCAUCUUUGCCAGUUACGCCAGCUGAGAACAUUAUUUGGGAAGCAAAACAGGCAAUUCGAGAAAGAAAAAAAACUACACGUGUGAAGUUUCUAACUUGUCACCCCGUUUGGGAAUUGGUAUUAAUAUUCAGAGCAUAACUCUUUUUUGAUUUCGCUGCGUUUAGCUUUCCUCCAUACUUCCAUACUUCUAUAAAUGAAUAACACUUGGGACUCCACCUCUUUAAAGAUGGUGGCGCUGUAGGCACAGUACAGUAACUGCGCCCCUCCAGAGUAACUGCGAUGUCGACAAGAUAAUUCAUUUAUUUGUUGAUGCUUAUUCAAAUAAAAUGUAUUUAACUCCAUAUAGCUUCAUGGCACUGAAAGUGAACUCUGUCAAACGUGAAAAGGAGGCAAAUAUAGUAUCAGGUCUACGAACGGGUGAGGAAGGGUGUGGCGCAGAGCGCAUUGAAAGUGAAACAAAACUCAGUCGAAGACGUGGAAGAGGGUGGACUUACAUUUCUGAUUGUUUUUCACAUAGAGAACUUCUAGUUUCUCGAGCUCUCCGAUCAUCCAGGAGGUGGUGGGACGCACACACACGCACGCGUCACACUGCUGUGCGUCGACACACUGCCAGACGUCGAACACAGCCUGAGAUCAUAACUUUGGACCUGAGGAACUGAGCUUCAACAGGGACCGUAGAAUGAAGAGAGGAGACUUGCUGUCAGGUGGAGACUCUGCUGAGACUGGGGGCCCAGAACAGCGAGACCCACCUUGUAAACAACCUCGGUGUGAGGACCAUGAUGACCGGACCAGAUCUCAGAGAUCUGAGCUGCACCCAGAACCACCUGGACCUGGAUCAAGACCGGGACCCAGCUGUGUGUCUGUGAAGGAUGAUCACUUGAUGGCAAAAUUGAUUAACCUCAGAGGUGUUCAAACCUCAGGUCCAGGGAUCCAACGGGAGGAAUCAGAAGAGUCUGGAUUCUGCUGUGACUCUCUGAAGAGUGAUGCCUCCAUGUUCCGUGGUAUUGGCUUCAAUGCUGGCCUGGAGUCUUCAGAGGAAAUAGUGGAUCAUCAGGGCUCAGGCCUCCUCAGUGGUCUCUCACAUGUGAGAGAUGAUUCCACACAGCAGCGGCUGGAGGAUGAUGAGGAUCUUUGGAGUGGAAACCUUGGUUCACAGUGUGGACGUCGACUGAAGAGGAGGCUGCAGAAGAAGUUCCACAGUGUGUUUGAGGGAGUUGCUAAAACAGGAAACUCUGUCCCUCUAAAUCAGAUCUACACAGAGCUCUACAUCACUGAGGGAGGCACAGACGAGAUCAACCAGGAGCAUGAGGUUCGACAGAUUGAGACAGCAACUAGGAACCAGAGCAGACCAGAAACUACCAUCAGGCAAGAAGACCUCUUUAAAGCCUCACCUGACAGAGAUGGACCAAUCCGGAGCCUGCUGACCAAGGGCGUGGCUGGCAUUGGGAAAACCUUCCUGACACAGAAGUUGACUCUGGACUGGGCUGAAGACAAAGCCCACCAGAACUUCCACCUCAUGUUUCCUUUCACCUUCAGAGAGCUGAACCUGCUGAAAGAGAGGAAGUUGAGUUUGGUGGAACUUGUUCAUCUCUUCUUUCCUGAAACCAAAGAAUCAGGACUCAGCAGCUUUGAAGGAGUCCAGGUUCUGAUCAUCUUGGACGGUCUGGACGAGUGUCGACUUCCGUUGGACUUUAGCAGUUGGGUUCUGACAGAAGCUUCAGAGUCCGCCUCUGUAGAUGUCCUGCUGACCAACCUCAUCAGGGGGAAUCUGCUUCCCUCAGCUCACAUCUGGAUCACCACACGACCUGCAGCAGCCAGUCAGAUACCCCCAGAGUGUGUGGACAUGGCGACUGAGGUCAGAGGGUUCACUGACCUCCAGAAAGAGGAGUACUUCAGAAAGCGGUUCAAAGAUGAGGAGCAGACUACAAUCAUCUCUCACAUAAGGAGCUCAAGAAGCCUCUACAUCAUGUGUCAUAUCCCAAUCUUCUGCUGGAUCACUGCCACAGUUCUAGAGGAUGCGUUGAAAAGCAGAGAGACCGGAGAGCUGCCCAAGACUCUGACUGAGAUGUACAUCCACUUCCUGGUGGUUCAGGCCAAAGUGAAGAAGCUCAAGUAUGAUGCAGGAGCUGGGAGAGACGAUCUUUGGACUCAUGAGAGCAGGAAGAUGAUUGAGUCGCUGGGAAAACUGGCUUUUGAGCAGCUGCAGAGAGGAAACUUGAUCUUCUAUGAAUCAGACCUCAAAGAGUGUGGUAUCAACAUCACAGCAGCUUCACUUUACUCAGGAGUGUUCACACAGAUCUUCAGAGAGGAGAUAGGACUGUACCAGAAUAAGGUAUUCUGCUUCGUUCACCUGAGUCUUCAGGAGUUCCUGGCUGCUCUUCAUGUCCAACUGACCUUCACCAACUCUGGGGCCAAUUUGCUGGACCCUGAAGAACUCCCAUUCUCUGAGGUUCAAUCUAGUCUGGAACAGUUCUACCAGAUAGCUGUGGUCCAGACCCUGGAGAGUCCAAACGGACACUUGGACUUAUUCCUGCGCUUCCUCCUGGGUCUAUCGCUGGAGACCAACCAGACUCUUUUGAAAGGUUUGUUGGCACACACAGGAAGUAGCUCCUGUACCAAUGAGAACACAUCUAAGAUCAUCAAGAAGAAGAUAGGUGAUGACGUCUCUCCAGAGAGAACCAUCAACCUGUUCCACUGUCUGAAUGAGCUGAAGGACACUUCUCUGGUGGAGGAGGUCCAACAGCAGCUGAGGUCAGGACGUCUGUCCAGAUAUAUGUCUCAUGCUGACUGGUCUGCUGUGGCCUUCAUCCUACUGUCGUCUGAGGAACAUCUGGACGUGUUUGACCUGAACAAGUACACUGCUUCAGAGGAUGCUUUUCUGAGACUGCUGCCUGUGGUCAGAGCUUCAAACAAAGUUCUGUUGAGAAGCUGUUGGCUGUCAGAGAGAAGUUGUCCACCACUUUCCUCUGUCCUCAGCUCUCUGUCCUCUAGUCUGACACAGUUGGACCUGAGUGGCAACAACCUGCAUGAUUCAGGAGUCAAGUUUCUUUGUACUGGACUGGAGAGUCCACACUGUCACCUGGAGACACUCAGUCUGUCAGGCUGUGGGAUCUCAGAGGAAGGCUGUGCCUCUCUGGCCUCUGCGCUGACAUCCAAUCCCUCCCAUCUGAGAGAGCUGGACCUGAGCUACAAUCAUCCCGGAGGACCAGGACUGCAGCUGCUGUCUGCUGGACUGGGGAGUUCGGACUGGAGGCUGGACACUCUCAGGCUGAGAAGUUGUGGACUGUCGGAGAGGAGUUGCCCACUGCUGUCCUCAGUCCUCAGCUCUUCAUCCUCUAGACUGAUGCAGUUGGACCUGAGUGGCAAUGACCUACAGGAUUCAGGAGUCAAGUUCCUGAGUGCUGGACUGCAGAGUCCACACUGCCACCUGGAGACUCUCAGUCUGUCAGGGUGUGUGAUCUCAGAAGAAGGCUGUACUUUUCUGGCCUCGGCGCUGACAUCCAACCCCUCCCAUUUGAGAGAGCUGGACCUGAGCUACAAUCAUCCAGGAGGACCAGGACUGCAACUGCUGUCUGCUGGACUGGAGAGUUCGGACUGGAGGCUGGACACUCUCAGGGUGGACCAUGGUGGAGAGCAGAGGUUAAGACCAGGUCCGAGGAAGUAUGCCUGUCCUCUCACACUGGACCCAGACACUGCACACCGGCGCCUCGUACUGUCCAGCAACAACAGGACGGUGAGACGUGUGAGAGAAGAUCAGAGCUAUCCGGAACAUCCAGACAGGUUCAAUGAGCGUGAGCAGCUGAUGUGUCGAGAAGUUCUGACUGGUCGAUGUUACUGGGAGGUGGAGAGGAGCGGAGGAGUUUAUAUCUCAGUGACAUCCAGGAGAAUCAGAGGAGAAGAUGAGAGUUUCUUUGGCGGCAACGAUCAGUCCUGGAGCCUGAGCUGCUCUGAUGGAGGUUAUAUUUCCUGGCACGAUGGAACACGAACAAAAAUCCAGUCCAACUCUAUCUCUAAGCGAGUCGGGGUGUUGGUGGACUGUCCAGCUGGAUCUGUGUCCUUCUACAGAGUCUCUUCUGAUGCGCUGAACCACGUCCACACCUUCUUCACCUCCUUCACUCGACCUCUGUACCCAGGAUUUACCUUAGGCAGCUCUGGUUCUUCUGCCACUCUCUGUGAUCUGACUGUGCCUGCUGCUGCUGUGUAGAGUGUGUGCAUGCAUGUGUGUAUGUGUCAGAGAGAUUCUUGAGUUGAUGUGUGUUGUUGUGGGAAGUAUAGAAGUGAGACUGUAAAUCGCAGAACACUGUCCUCCUGUGGCUAAUAACGUCUGAGACACGCACAAAGUGAACCAUCCUCACAUAAAAAAAGGGAAUAUCACAUGGUAAACUCUCGAGGCCAGGAAAUUGUUCUGUCAGUUCAUUUCAUUAUUAUUGGAUUAAUUGACAUGUCACCAUCAUGACAGAUAUUUGAUGAUGUUUUGAUGUAAGAAAUCACAUUUAGUAAUAUUUUGGUUUUGAUGACAUUUGAGUGAUUUGAUGAUGUUGCACCAUGAAUAAAAGCUCUUACUUUCUGGGUAGAAGUAGCUGGAUGUUCAGGUCCAAUGGAAUCAGUAUGAAU